AUGGCUGCUGGUGAUCUCAUUGAUUUCGACAUCAUCGAAGGGCAAAAGGAGAAUAUUCAGUCCUUGCCCGGAGGACGAUCGGCUAGGAAGCUCGUCGAAGCCUUUUCACCAUCCCCUCUACACAAACUCUCAACACCUACACCAACAGACACUAAGAAUAUCAACGACUGUAUCAGAGCCGAGUACGAGGAAGAGAUUGCAAACAUUUCCGAGUCUGACGACCCUUUGGAUGUCUUUGACCGAUACGUCCGAUGGACCUUUGAUGCGUAUCCCUCUGCGCAAGCUACACCUCAAUCGCAAUUGCACACUCUACUUGAGCGUGCCACCAAGUCUUUCAUUGGCUCAGCGCAAUACAAGAACGACCCCAGAUAUCUGAAGUUGUGGCUUUUAUACAUCAAGUUCUUCUCCGACUCUCCUCGAGAGACAUACGUUUUCCUAUCGCGCCAUAGCAUCGGCGAAGGACUAGCCUUAUUCUACGAGGAGUACGCCGCUUGGUUGGAAAGCGCUGGCCGUUGGGCACAGGCUGAGGAGGUAUACAAACUAGGCAUUGAGCGUGAGGCGAGACCGGUGCAGAGAUUGGUUCGCAAAUUCGGCGAAUUUGAGCAGAGGCGGGCGCAAGAUCCUGCCGCAGCGGACGCUCCGUCAUCGCCAGCGCUACCGACAGUUCGACCAGCACUAAUGGCUAAAAUCGACCCUUACGCUGCUAUGGCGCGAGCGCCGGACCCCCAGGCUCCUAGGCCAAACAUGGGUCUCGGCGGUCAAUCCUCGAAGCCAGGAAAGGCCAAACUAGCUGUUUUCUCAGACGCCGGCUCUGAACCAAGUGCAAUGUCAAAGAUGGGCGAAGGUGCGAAGGGUUGGGAUACAAUAGGAUCAUUGUCGGAUCGUAAGAAGGAGAAUAUGGUGGAGGCAAAGCCCUGGGUGGGAGAGACGUUGACGACGCAAGUGAAGAAGAGUAGCGGGCCAAAGAUGGCUGUAUUCCGCGAUCCUUCUAUGGCGAGAAUAGCAGAGUCUCAUAUUGUCAUUGCCCCUUCAAAGCACCAAGUGAUCGUGAACCCCCACAGUGGUAAAAGAGAGCGCGUCUUUGUUAAUCUCGAGGCUAUCUAUCCAACUCCUGAGGAGCCUGGGACUGAACUCAGUUUCGAAGAAUUAUGGGCUGCAAAUCAAGGUUGGCUUGAUGUGUGCUGGGAUGACGACGACAGCAUUGUAGAGGAGCAAGAGGAAUUAACACCCCGAAAACCAGAAGUCGAUUUGCUUGGCCACAGGAUGGCAGAGAAGUUGAUGAUUCACCACGACGCCGUAGAGCUCGAUGAGAACGGUUUAGUGAAAGAUCAGGUCAGGCCAGUAAAAAGCAAAAAGAAGAAAAUGAUGGAAGUCAACGAAACUCAAAUUAUUAAAGCAAAACUUGACUCACCAUCGGGCCCGAAAAUCAAGAAGAAAAGCAACAUGUAUUCUUCUGAACCGACAAUGACAAUGCACACUAAGGCAGCGACUAAUGAGAUCUACGAGCUGUUCAAUGCUCCCCUCAAAUCUACCAAAGAGGAAAACGAGGAGAGUGGUGACGAAGAGUAUCUGACAGAUGGCGACUACACUAGUGGUGGAGAGAGCGCCAAUACCACCAGACAAAUCUCGACAAGUGAAGCUGGUGAUGAUGAGACGUCUGACGUCAAGAGUGUGAGCGAAUGGUCCGAUUUCACGGCCCAGAAGCACGUCCCCAAAAUUGAAGGUGAUGGCGACGAUGAACAGGUGGAUGGAGAACAAAGCGAUUCUGAGGUGUCGGAUCUUAUCGACACAAAAGAUGAUGACGAAGAAUCCGAAGAUUCACCUCCGAGAACUAGGACUAGGUUCAUCCCCAUUCCACCUGAAGACUACGAAGCACCUACCCGACCGUAUAGGGACCCGGCCGAGGUGGCUAACAACCGCCUGCCAUUCAUGACACCUAUCACGGAACGUACAGAAUCCUCUCUCGGUCUCGCCACCGCAGCCAAGUACACUAUUACCAAAGUUCUUAGUAAGAGAGAUAGUCGUGGUGACUUGACUGAAGAGGAUGAGGAUGAAGAUGACGAAGACUUCGGACCGCUGAGUAGCCCUCUACGCGAAGUUCUGAAUGAGAAUCGUUCACCAUUAAAGAUCUCACAGCCUCUCCUGAAGAAGCUGAAAGCUGCUACACCCCCUAGUCAACCCAAGGCAAAGAAUAUACCGAAGGGGCCAAUUAUCAAGGAGCUGCGAUGCAACCCGGUCGAUAAGGCUAUUCGAGAUGAGAUCCUUGAAUCUAUGCACCCUCCGCUUAGCUCAUAUCCCGGCUUCUACGACCAUCGUAAUGAGAGAUGCGACAAGGGUGCCGAGGUUCGCAAAUUCGCUAAAGCUAUGGCGAAGGCGGGAGGCAAAAAGGAUGGCGACAAGACAGGCACCAUUCACUCCCUGCCCGUGCUCGAGUUUCCCGAGAUUAUAGGAGACUACACUGUCAAGCGAGAACUAGGCGCUGGAGCGUUCGCCCCGGUCUACCUUGUCGAGAACUCGUCGCCGGACUCCGACGAUGACGAUGAGAACGCACCUAAGGUCGCCAUGGGUAAGGGUGCUUUUGCAACAACUAGUCGCAACCACCUCGAAGCUUUGAAGAUGGAACAGCCGCCUACGGCUUGGGAGUUUCAUAUGAUGCGUCUCGCCGCCACACGUCUGGGCCCGCAGCACCGCGCGACGGCCUCUAUCUCGGCCGCGCACGAACUACACCUGUACCAGGACGAAGGGUUCCUAUUCCUCCCCCUCCACCCGCACGGCACCCUCCUAGACGUCGUCAACUUCUUCAGCGAGACCAACAAGGCGCCCAUGGACGAGCCGCUCGCCAUGUUCUUCAGCAUCGAGCUGCUGCGGACGGUCGAGGCGCUGCACUCAAAGCAGAUCCUGCACGGGGACCUCAAGCCGGACAACUGCCUGCUGCGGCUCGACGACGGCGGCGCGUCGGCCUCGUCGGCGCUGUCCUGCCAGUGGCGGGCGGACGGGUCGGGCGGCUGGGCGGGCCGCGGCGUGGUGCUGAUCGACUUCGGGCGCGGCAUCGACAUGCGGGCCUUCGACGCGGAGGUGCAGUUCGUCGCGGACUGGCGCACGGACCAGCACGACUGCGCCGAGGUGCGCGAGGGCCGCCCCUGGACCUGGCAGCUCGACUACCACGGCCUCGCCGGCACCAUACACACCCUCCUCUUCGGCAAGUACAUCGAGACGGCGCGCGCGGCGGACCAUCAGAGCGGUCUCGGCACGUCUGCCGGCAGGCGAUACCGCGUCCGCGAGAGCUUCAAGCGGUACUGGCAGACGGAGAUCUGGGGAGAGUGUUUUGAUGUCUUGCUCAAUCCGGGGAGUCAUGUCGAUGCGGAGGAUGGACGGCGGAUGCCGGUGAAUCGCAGCUUGAGGCGCGUCAGGGAGCGCAUGGAGAAGUGGCUUGAGGCUAAUUGUGAGAAGGGUGUUGGAUUGAGGGGCUUGAUGGCUAGGGUUGAGGGGAUGGCGAGGGCGAGGCGGCAUUGA